AUGGACGAUAUUUGUCGUCUUUGUUGUUCCACCAAAUUUGUAAACAACUACAUAUUUGACGAAGAAAAGGCGUUGUUUUCAAAAAUGUCCAUGUAUUUGCCAAUAAAGGUGGUCAAAAAUGAUCCUUUACCCAAGAAAAUUUGUGACAAAUGUAGCUGCAAAGUCAAUGAUUUCUAUCAGUUUUGUAAUGAAACAAUCGAAGUCGAAAACAGACUCAGGAAAAUGCUAUCCCUGCAGUUAGCAAUAACUGUACCAAAUCCUGUAAGAAAUACACUAAAUUUAGGCAUCAAAACUACUGAUUAUCUAAAAAAUGAACAAAGUACUCAGACAGAAGAAGAAUUUCAGAUAAAAGUAAAAAUUGAACAACUACAGUCACCCAUUGUUAUAAAACAGGAGUCGGAUUCAUAUGAUGACAGUUUUGAUCACACGAAUGGACACGAUGGACACGAAUCAGACAGCGAUGAUAAUCUCCUUAUAGAGAUUAAGAAAAAUAAAAAUCCAAAAGAAGAAAAUGAAAUAAAUGGCCAUGUGCAGUCUGCACAAAAGAAAAAACAUGCUAUGUUGCACGCAGAAUUCUUUGAUAUGAAUUUGAAAGACAGCAUUAAUUUAGAAAUAGUUAAAGAUGAAUCUGAUGACGGAUUUGAUAAUAUGGAUUUUGAUAAGGAAGUUUAUUACUGUUGUAUCUGUUUUGUUAAGUGCGAGACAAAAAGUGAUAUGAUUAAACAUUACAAGAGUCAUGUUGAUCAGACACAAGAUAUGAAACCUCCAGCAGCUCCGCCAUUCCCAGCUGAAGGUAGAUGUGAAAGAUGUCGGAAAGUAGUGCGAAAUCCGAAAGCAUGGCGUACACACUGGCAGCGUCACUGGAAACGGGAUAGACGACCUUAUAGAUGUACACUGUGUGAGAAGUCUUUUCAGGGUCAUCAGCAAAUAUUGAAACACGGUCUAAUACAUAAACCAGAAUUUGAAAACCCAAACCAACAACCCAGCAAGCCCGUUAAGAGAUUUGUUUGUGACCUCUGUCCCGAAGGAUUCGUUUAUAUGAGGUGUCUCCUAGCCCAUCGCAAUAGCACUCACCCCGAGGCAUCGUCUCGCGAGCUAGCUUUGCGCUGUGCACUUUGUAGUCGGUCCUUUACGCAUCUCAACUCAUUGAGGAGGCAUUUGAGAUCGCACUCGGGCGAUCGGAAUUACCUUUGCAAUGUCUGCGGGAAGUCGCUCACGUCUAGGGAACAUCUGAAGUUUCAUAUACGGAUUCAUACGGGAUACAAACCUAAUGUUUGCAAAACUUGUGGCAAAGGCUUCGUAAAGAAAUGCAACCUGACGUUACACGAGAGGGUGCACUCCGGUGAAAAACCCUACGUCUGCUCGCAUUGUGGAAAAGCAUUUUCACAGAGAUCCACACUCGUCAUACACGAAAGGUACCACAGCGGCGCUCGGCCGUACAAGUGUGAGGUUUGCGGGCGUGGCUUUGUGGCCAAAGGGCUGCUGUCGAUGCACUUGAAGACGUCGUGUGUUGACCUUCCAGCGCCAACUGGAAGAGAAAUGCAUUCCCCUAAAGUCGAAAGAGUUGAUCUUAGGUAA